AAUUGAUAUACAUGCGUAUCUGCAACAUGCAAGAGCGCCAGACGCUUCAAACCCUCACCAUCCAUCCAUCCAUCCAUCCUCCUCAUUUCUAACCUUCUUGGUUCCUAGCCCUCGCCAUGUCUGUGGGCGUCUCAUACGACACCCUCGAGUACUUCCCAGCUCAAAACGCUACCGAGGAGACCCUGUCACAACACGGAUCCCAUGAGGGACAUAUGAAGCCGACUAAGCCAACCAAGUCCCUCCCCAGUCGAUGGAAACCUCCUAAAUCAUUUGUCCCGCGUUUGAUCUUCCACGUGACGUGCUUUUGCUUAACGUUUCAUUCAAAUUUGGAUUUCAUGUGGGAGAUCUUCCAAGAACCUAAGGGUUGGGAAAGCUUCCAUAUUAAAUACCUCGCUCAGCUCAAUCAGCUGAGCACUGUGCAAGGAUUGCUCCUUACGACUGUCGCAGUCUUCAUCUCCACUCCGGCGCCUCUGCCACAAAUAGUAAACUACGGUGCUGGCGGACCGUAUACACUUCUAUCAGAAUCAUUGGUAUUCUCGUUGUUUGGUCUGUUGUUCCAGCUUUAUGUCUCCGUCGUGGGGCAGAGUUAUCAACAGCAGAAAACCUUCAAGACCUUGAAGCGAAAUAGAUGGCUUUUCCUAUGUCAUAUCAUGAUUCUCUCGAUUCCUAUCUAUACAUUCGCUAUAUCUCUACUGCUACUCCUCUUCGCUAUAUCUGUGACGGGCUUCCUAUCCUCUUCGACUUCGGCUCAGAUUUUCACCGGAGCAACUUUUGCCUUGCUUUUCGCGUGUCUGUUUGCUUCUAUCCUCCCGUCACCAUUCUAUUCGCGACUUUAUGGGUUCUUGUGGGGGAAGACAGACUCGGAACCUGACGACAGCGAGGAUGAGUUGGACGGAGAGCUUCAUGAGAAGGAGGGCGCUUAGUGCAUGCAGUUCAUUUCAAGACGUGUUCUUCUCGAUGUACCUGUACCGAUUUUUAACCCAGUAUUGUGUUUGAGAGCGCACUAUUAACUCAUGAUCUCUUGCAAGGAGAGCUAUUGUGAGCCACAACAUCCGGAGAUCAGAUCGCUACAGCAAUGCUUAGCCAUUAAAACCGUUCGUCCAUGGUU